CAAUCAGGCUGCAGAGUUCUGUUUAAAGGGCUGAGCAGCCCCCCGGGAGGGAGGUCAGGUGGCAGCAGAGCCCGGAGCUCGGGGUACGGAGGACUCCGCUCAUCGCCGCACAGCCGCUGAUCCCCAGCCCCGGCUCUCGCAGAUCUCUAUCACUGGCCCCUUUCCUUAGGACCAUGCCAGUCCUCUCUGCCCUUCACCAGUCCCUGCUACUCAUGGAGAAGGACAGUGUCCGAGAGGAUGACAGCCUAACCAACCUACAGUGGCUUCAAGACUUUUCCAUUCGAAGUUCAGACUUUUCCCUCAUUGCCACAUCAUGUCCUCCUGCUACUGCUCAGAAAUCCAAAGGUCCAUGCAGCCCCCCAGCUGGAGAUACAGCCUCCUGCCAGGCCCCUUGCAUGGGAAAACAGAGGUCUGCCUUUGGGGCCAAUGUCUGGCCUUCUCUGCCUACAUCAUCUGAUCCUAGCUCCAUCCAGGAGGUGGAUUACAGAACAAAUCCCAACGUUAAACCGCCAUACUCCUACGCCAGCCUCAUCUGCAUGGCCAUGGAGGCUAGCCAGCAGAGGAAACUGACCCUUUCCGCCAUAUACAGCUGGAUCACCCAAAACUUCUGUUACUACAGGCAUGCUGACCCCAGCUGGCAGAACUCCAUCCGUCAUAACCUCUCCCUGAAUAAAUGCUUCAUGAAGGUCCCGCGAGGCAAGGACGAGCCUGGGAAGGGCGGGUUCUGGCAGAUGGAUCCUCGUUAUGCCGACAUGUUUGUGAAUGGAGUACUGAAGAGAAGAAGGAUGCCAGCUUCCCACCUCUAUCCUCCGCGGUACAACAAGGUAGCUAUCCACCAUCCUUACCAGACAUCUGCACAUCCCAGUAGCCACCAAGCACAACGUACCUCCUGUGGAUACAAGCAGCUCCGGAGACCAGAGAAAACAAGUCCUGUUUUGACAGCACUGACAGCCCAAGAAAGAAAUGGAGACAACCCCUUCUCCCAUGAGGACACUUUGCAUGGAAAUGUGAGGAACAGCAACUUUGAUGACGUAGAUCUGCAGACAGCCCUAAUAUCAAUGUGGUGGGAGGGAGACAUGGCCUCCGCUGCGCUCAGUGCUUCACUUGUGAACACGCCUGACGUGGAAGUAGCCCAGCAGGAGCCUGCCAUAAUGGAAAGCCAGUGGUUCCUGCCAGCUGAGCACCAUCCAACCUGGGAAGAGCUGAAAGAAGAACCUGUGGUGGAUCAGUGGUACAGUGACAACGGCUACGCUGAUAAUGCUUUGUACGAGUGCCUACCCUGGGAGCGGGUUGAGACAUUAUUAUGACCAACUGAAGUAACAAAGGCCUCUUAGUAAUAAGAAACCCACAGCUUGAUUAUUGACAAGAAGGACAAGAUUGGGCUUGAGGUAUUGGUCAGCCAUCUUGUCUGGCUGACCUGCUGCUUUAAUCCCUGACAAACUUUCAUGGUGGGAUGUUGCAUUUUAUUUGGGUUCCAGUCUUAGUUCUGACCUGAAAAGAGCUUCUAUUGGUGGGAGAAUGAGGCGCGGGGUAUAAUCACCUUCUUCUGACCAUUGUCUUAACUUUGAGAACACUUAGCCAUACGAGGACUUUUACAAUUUAUCAAUUAUGAUGUGUUUUAUAUAUUAGAGCCCGCCGGACUUGAAUUCGGGCCUGCCUUUUCCACCUGACAUGCUGCACCGGUGUCUUUUCCGAAGCCGCUUUGGGGGGGGAGAGUCUGUUACCACAGCCAUUUUACCACAUCUAGCAGAACUAUAUUUUUGCAGGUUCAUUAAAAUGAUAUUAACAAACAAUACAAGCGACAAAGAUGUCUAUGAUAAAUCAAUAUAUCUAUGCACCUAAUAGAUUUUAUGUGGAGAGAACAAAUGGAUAUUGUAUGUCAUUUCAAGGAUAUGAAGCCUAACUUGUAGGCCUCUGUGGUAUGCGUAAAAUAAAUGAAGCAAAGUCAAA